UUCAGUCUGUUCACAGCAGACGACACAACAGCCACGCUGGUUGUCAAAAUACGAAGAAUUUGACUUAAAAUAUGAUGAAUGCGAGAGUCACCCGAUGGCUUCUCCAAAGCAGCAAAGUUUGCAGAAGAAGUCUGAACACAAAUGCUACAAGAAGUCCAACUGAAGCAAUAAAUUCAAACUUGGGAAAUGAAGAUGAAACCACUCAUUUCGGGUUCAAAACCAUCAAAUCUAGCGAGAAGGCAAAACGAGUUCGUUCAGUCUUCGAAAACGUAGCAGACUCUUACGACAAUAUGAACGAUGCGAUGAGUUUAGGAGUCCACAGAAUUUGGAAGGAUCUUUUUAUUCAAGAAUUGAGUCCCACACAUGGAAGUCGACUUUUAGAUUCUGCAGGUGGAACUGGAGACAUAGCUUUUCGGUAUCUCAAGUACCUUAAUAAUACGAAGAAUCCAACCAAUGCCAAAAGUCAUGUCACUGUGUGCGAUAUAAAUUCCAACAUGCUGGAUGUUGGAAAAAUGAGAGCAGAGAGACAAGGCUGGACAGUGGAAAAUGGAUACGAUAUUGGCUGGAAAGAAGCCGAUGCCGAAAAACUUCCUUUUCCAGGCGAUUCUUUUUCUGCUUAUACGAUUGCUUUUGGCAUUAGAAACGUUACGCACAUCGAGAAGGUUCUGGAGGAAGCUUAUAGAGUUCUUCAACCCGGAGGUCGAUUUUUGUGUCUGGAAUUCAGUCACGUUAAUAACGAUACCAUUAAAUGGAUCUAUGACCAGUAUUCUUUUCAAAUAAUUCCCGUUAUGGGAAUUCUGAUUGCUAAUCAGUGGCAACCUUAUCAAUAUCUGGUAGAAAGCAUUAGGAAGUUUCCAAAACAGGAUCAUUUCAAGGAAAUGAUUUCCAAUGCUGGAUUUAGACACGUUACUUAUAAGAAUCUGACCUUUGGAGUCGUCGCUAUUCAUUCUGGAUUCAAAAUAUAAAAUUAUAAAUUUAUUUGUAAUGUUAAUACCUGGAAAAAAUUCCCUGAAAUUUGCAGAUUUUUUGCAGGUAUCUAAGAUUUUUCCAGUUGUAAUUUCUCAUAGUACGUGUAAAUUCAAGUAUUUGACAUUUUUCUAAACAAUCUACUCAGAAUAUGUACUUUAAUAUGUAUACAAUUUCGCGAGUUUAUUACAAUUAAUAUUUGUUGUCAGUCCUUGUUAUCCAUUUAAAUGUACAUACAACUAUUUUUACAUUUGUUUUUAGUAACUAAGGAAAUAGGGAGAUUUUUCACGAAAAUAGAGUAAUGUUAUUUUAAGUGAAAUUAAUGUGGGCACUGUAUUGAAUUUAAUUUAAAACGUUUAGAAGUUCUAACUUAUUAAGUAAAAAUAUUGCCUUUUAAAUAAGAUAGAUCUAACGCCCACUUUUUAUGAGGCUCUGAAGGCAUAGGCUUAUAACAUGGUAUUUCGAAUAAAGCAAUACAUGAUUCCGAGAA